UAUUUUGAUUCACGAGCAACAUUUUUUUCUGCCAAUUACGUUAAUUUUGUGCAAAAACGCGUUGAAUGAGCCGACUAAUUUCAUAGAAAUCGUAUAUACUAGUUCAGCCACAAAAACAGAUCCAAUGAGUGGCAGUGAUAGUGAUGAUGAUCAUUUGCGAUUAAGCUCAAGUACGCUUGCUGCUUUAGAGGAAUUCUUGAAGGAAAAGGAAGAGCGAGAGAAUUUGCUGAAACUGAUAUCUACAGAAGAUCAAGUAUCAGAUACUCCUUUUGAUGAGAAUUGGCAAUUGAGUCAGUUUUGGUAUAAUGACGAUACGGUAAAGGCUUUUGUUACUGGUGCUCUAAAUUCGACACCGGCAAAUGGAAAGAUCGCUCUAGUUUCUUGUCCAACACUGUAUACCAAAUUAAAAAAGGAGUGUGGUAAACGACAAAUCACGUUAUUUGAAUAUGACAGUCGUUUUAAGAUAUUUGGUACAAAUUUUAUACAAUAUGACUACAAGUUUCCAUUGGAUAUACCUCGGCAUAUGUCUAGUCGGUUUGAUUUGGUUAUAGCCGAUCCACCUUUUCUUUCGGAGGAAUGUCUAUCUAAAAUAGCAGUAACAAUAAAGUUUUUGACCAAGAAAAAUAUUGUUCUCUGCACAGGUGCUAUUAUGGCGGAGCUGGCAGAGACGUUGUUGGACGUUAGAAAAUGUGAUUUUCUUCCAGGUCAUAAAAACAAUUUGGCAAAUGAAUUUUAUUGUUAUUCAAAUUUCAAUUUUGAUAAAUUUCUAAAAUAA